AGAAGUAUAGAUAUAGAUUGGUGACGAAUUAUGUGCUAUUUGAACGGCAAGUAACGCGAGUCUGGCCCUCGCUUGACCAGUUUUUAUUUACUCUUUAUCCGUUCUUGGUUUUGACCCUGAAACUAACAAAAAUGUUAUGUUACGGGCCAAAUAGUCGACAAAGAAUAAAAACAGGUUUACCGUGUCAUUUUGAUGUUUACAUAGUUGCACGGUAUUGUAAAAAAAAUAGUAGUAACAAAAUAUGUGUAUGUAAAAAACUUAAUUGACUUCUUUUUACAAAUUAAACACUAUACACGCCGACAUCUAAUUCACCCACCAUACCAACACAAACUCAAAUAGUCUCUAUUUGAGGUCUCGAGUGCGCGGGCGUGCUUCGUAUGUGUUAAAUUAAAUUUAAAAAUAGAUUUGCUUAAAUUGUUCAGCGUACGGAAACUACCUCUCAAGGUUUUGGACGAGAGACAGCCGUUUACAGCUCGCAGUUUCAAUUUUACUGUUUACCCAAUAACGUUUUACCAGUAUAUACCCCUGAUUUAAUUUAAGUCAUGGAGUUGUGGACGUGUGUGUUGCUACUGUGCGCGGCGGAUGUGUGCGUCACAUGUGAGCCGCCGAGUGACGAGGAUUGGCUGGAGCUGGACACCCCACAGGGGCCGGUGCGCGGCCGCAGGGAUCCGGAAGCAGACCAUCUAUACGUCUUUUAUAACAUACCAUAUGCUACAGCACCAAUAAAAAAAAACAAAUUCAAGCCUCCUCAACCACCACCUACUUGGAAAGCACCUUAUGACGCACUCGACAAACACAAUUGCCCACACCCUAAAGCUAUUGUCGACAUGCUUCCAAGCUUUAUGGUGCCACAAGAAGAUUGUCUUAUCGCAACUGUAUACGUGCCUGAUACACGAAAGAAAACUCUUUCGGUACUUGUAUACGUUCAUGGAGGAACAUUUGUUUCGGGAUAUGGGGACAUGUACAAGGCAAAACAUCUACUGGAAACGAAAGAUAUGAUAUUGGUCACGUUUAACUAUCGCCUUGGAAUACAUGGGUUCCUUUGUCUUGGUACCGAGGACGUUCCUGGAAAUGCUGGAAUGAAAGAUCAAGUAGCUUUACUUCGAUGGGUGCAACAGAAUAUUGCAAGCUACGGUGUUAAUCCAGACGAUGUCACACUUGCAGGCUAUAGUGCGGGAUCCGCGGCGGUAGAUUUGGUGAUGCUCUCAAAGUCAUCUGAAGGAUUAUUCAACAAAGUAAUAUUUGAGAGUGGAACCAGAAUUGCUACCUGGGCGAUCCAGGUUGAUCUUUUGAUGCUUUCAAAAUCAGCAGAAGGAUUAUUCAAUAAAGUUAUACCUGAAAGCGGAGCUAAUCUUUCACCCUGGGCGAUCCAGAGAGAUCCCCUACAGAAUGCAAAAAAUCAAGCCAAAAAAAUGAACUUUACCAAUGUCCAUGACAUUCAGGCUUUAGAAAAGUUUUACAAAACAGCUCCUAUGUCGCUCUUAACUUCGGAUAUGUUUUUAGAUCGUUUUGACUCGACUGUUGGUUUCCCACCAUUUGUAGAACGUGAUACAGGAUCUGAAGCAUUCCUCACGGAAUCUCCUCUGAAAAUUUUACAGAAGGGUAGUUAUAAGAAGUUACCGAUGCUGUACGGUUUUAAUAUGGACGGAAAAUACCGUCUUUCCUUUUACGAACUAUGGAAACUAACAUCUGACUUGACUUUUAAAACUGAAGUGGAAAGAGAAGAAGUCGCGGAUAAGAUUAAGAAAUUCUUACCUAUUGGCGACGACACGGUGUUGAGUUAUCACAGAAAAGUCAUCACAGUGGAAUCACAGAAAAGCCUACAUCAGAUUUAAGGGAGCACACUUGGUAUCACAACUCAAUCUUCGUUAACAGUCUCCUGGCAAGCUAUCAAACAGGAGAGGC